UUUGGUCAAAAGAACAUCGAAAGUACUGAGGCGUGACUCGAGGAAGAAACGGGUAAUUUUUUUCGAGAAUUCUGCACGUUUCAGCGGCUGGUAAUCGUGACAACUUGGCAACAAUUGACUCGCGAUGAGAUAAACAUGGUGCAAGAAGUAGCCAGAAGUAAUUGUUUCGAAGGAUUAGAAAGCUGCGACGAAACGAAAUGUAUAAAACGCCAGCGACGAGACCUCUCUCUUUAGUUCAGCGAAUCAAACUGUUGAGUUGUCAACUUUCAGCACACGAUAAAGACGAUGAAUAAUUUGAGUACCACGUUGUCGCUGUUGUGUGUGGUUUGCAGCGUGCUAGGUGGUCGCCGUUACAUCGCAAUUCCCGUCGACAGCAUCGAUGGUAUCGACGUAAUCGAAGUGAAUUCGAUCGCACCAUCAUUGUCAAGAGUAGCUCGACAAACGGAGGCGUACAUCGGUGUACCGAGCGUUAUUCAUCAGGAUGAUUUGGAACAUUCCGAGCGAUCAACGACGCGUAUUCUGGAUUACAUCGAUUUCGGAGGACAUACCGGCUCCAACGGUGCCUUUAGUUGGUACGCCGACUAUCCGGCUCGUCGUUUGUGAUACUUAUCGCAGCUUUAUCGCGAAACAAUAUGAGAAAGAAUUUGCAACAUCACUCAUACGGUGUAUUCGUUGUAAAACAGAAACUGUGUAGAGAAAAUUUUCUGAAGGAUGCAGCAAGGAUUUGAUUUGUAGCCGUGAUUUAAAGAAUUUGGAAACUCGAGAAAAUUGGUGACUCGUUGACGAUAGAUUAGAGUCCUAACAUGGACGUAAGAAUAUAUGGAUGGAGCGAAUUGCCGCGGGGCUGAAGCCCAAGGAGUGAGGGAAAUGAUUGAAUAUAUUGCAAUGGAGUUGCAAUGGAGUUGGAAUGUACCAAGCACAGACUUCUAUGGCUGCGUUCUGAUAUUCAUUGCCAAUACUGAAGAUCUAUAGUAUACGUGACAUGAACUAUAGAUUUUCAGUACUGGCAGUGAAUAUCGGAACGCAGUCUAUAUAUAAACUAGACUGCUAAUACCCGUAUUUAGCGAGUGGUCGGAAAAAUACAUAUAUGUAAUACUACUAUAUUGCUAAUCGCCUUAUGCUGCCUAUAAGAGGAGCUUGUCCCAGAAUGGUAGGACAGACGAUGUUCGAGGAGUAUAUUUUGACCGUAGUGCGCAGGCGCGGCGAUCAGAUGAUGUUAUAUACAUAAAGUAAAAGUGCCAGUGUGUGACAUGUAUCUAAUCUAGAUAGCUGUUUCCUUACCUGUGUAAAAUGAUAUUUUCAUUCGCAGCUGCUUUUUUUUCGCAUAAAUAGUAUUUCCGGGUGCUCAGCAUCUCCGGGUUUAUAGCAUAUGGUAUAUAUAACCUAUUAUAUGCAACUGAGUAUACAAUAUAUUUUAUUUUCCCAUUGACGGAUACGAUUUAUCUGACGCAUGCGCAUAACGUUCAUAAUAUACUUAGAAAGAUAGAGAAAUAUAUAUUCCCGCACCGUGGUUCUGGGACUUCUCUCUCCAUUAGCAAUAUAGUAGUAUUACAUAUAUGGAAAAAUAUCGGGCGGCCAUCUUUGAAAGGAUCGUAUCAUAUAGGACAUGAUGUAAGAAUACAAGAGGCGAUUUUUGGCGAUCGUUUGGUACAUGUACCUGGUUGUCAUUGGCCUGGUUUACAUCGUCAAAACGUUAGUACGCGUAUUAAAUUUGAUGCGCGCCAAUGUUUUAAUACGGGUGCGUUUACAUCGAACGUACUAAAGGAAAAAUAUAAUACGAAUUUAAUUCAUGCUUAUUGCUUCCUAGUGGCGAUAUUUGGAAUUGCAAUUUGCUUGAGAUAGCUUUGUUCGAUAGUCAGAAUGCAUAAUUCUAAAAAUGUUACCGUUUCUUCUUUUCUCUAACUUAUAACCCUUUUUACAAGACAUUUUACUAUAAUAUACUUUGAGAGAAACCAA